UAAGACGUACCCUAAAAUAUUAUGUAUCGAUCAAUAACCCAAAACACAAAACAGAGAGAGUAGUAGACUAAGGACGAUAAUGGAUAACGAGAGAAUAACGGCCGAAAUGGCGUUUAAAGACUCGUCCUCCGCAGUUAUAAGAGUCCGGCGACGCUUGCCAGAUUUCUUACAGUCUGUGAAGCUAAAGUACGUAAAAUUAGGCUAUGGUUACUCACGCAGCCCGGCCACUAUUCUAAUGUUCGUUUUGAUUUUGCCUCUGGCCAUUUCCUUGGCGCUUAAGCUCAGCAAUCUGCAACUAGACACCGUGUCUGAGUUAUGGACAAACCGGAGAGUUUUGUUCCACAACCUCAUUAAUACAGGUACAACCUCCGCUGGUCUUGCUUUGAUUCUAAUCCUUUUCUGCCUGAUCUUCUGGUCCAAGCGGUCCAGACCAAUUUAUCUCGUAGAUUUUGCAUGUUACAAGCCGGAUGACAAACUAAAAGUUACUAGAGAGUUUUUCCUAAAGAUGAGUGAAGAUAGUGGAGCAUUCCAGGAGGAGAGUCUCCAGUUUCAGAGACGAAUAAUGUCCAGGUCAGGUCAUGGUGACGAGACUUAUCUACCAAAAGGAAUUACGUCCAGACCGCCAACAUUAAGCAUGGAAGAGGCCCGCUCCGAGGCCGAGGCUGUUAUGUUUGGUGUCGUGGAUUCAAUUCUAGACAAAACCGGAAUUAAAGCAAAGGACAUUGGAAUCCUUGUUGUGAACUGUAGCUUAUUCAAUCCAACCCCAUCUCUCUCCUCCAUGAUUGUGAACCACUUCAAGCUCCGAACCGACGUUAAGUCCUACAACCUCGGCGGCAUGGGUUGCAGCGCUGGCCUUAUUUCCAUCGACCUCGCAAAAGAUCUCCUUAAUGCAAACCCAAACACGUAUGCCCUCGUCGUAAGCACCGAAAACAUUACUCUCAAUUGGUACUUCGGCAACGACCGAUCGAUGUUGUUAUCUAAUUGCAUAUUCCGCAUGGGGGGUGCGGCCGUGCUGCUAUCCAACCGGUCACGGGAUCGGGGCCGUUCCAAGUACAAGCUGGUCCACACUGUUCGAACCCACAAAGGCGCGGACGACGAAGAUUACAACUGUGUCUAUCAAAGAGAGGAUGAAAAAGGAACUGUCGGGGUUCAUCUCUCUAAAGAUUUAAUGGCGCGGGCCGGAGAUGCAUUGAAAACGAAUAUCACGACCCUGGGUCCUUUGGUUCUGCCAUUUUCUGAGCAAUUCAUCUUCUUUGUUACGUUGGUGAAGAAGAAGAUCCUGAAGGCGAAGGUGAAGCCAUAUAUACCGAACUUCAAGCUGGCUUUCGAGCACUUCUGCGUACAUGCAGGCGGGAGAGGAGUGUUGGACGAGUUAGAGAAAAACUUACAACUCAGUGAGUGGCACUUAGAGCCGUCGAGGAUGACGCUGCAUCGUUUCGGGAACACGUCAAGUAGUACGUUAUGGUACGAGUUGGCAUAUACGGAGGCAAAGGGUCGGGUUUCAGGGGGCGACAGGGUCUGGCAGAUUGCUUUCGGCUCAGGUUUUAAGUGUAACAGCGCGGUAUGGAGAGCGAUCAGAACGAUUCCGGUGGACGAUUCCCGACAUAACCCAUGGGUUGACUCAAUCGAUAGGUACCCGGUUAAGGUCCCCGUUGCAUAGGAUAUCAACGUGGCAAAGUCUAAGUGGUGGAGACGGUCUACGUCGGG